AUGUGCCGGUCGGCCGGAAAUAUUGACUGGAUCCUGGUUGAUCAGGAACAUGGAAACAUUUCCGAUGACUCUAUGCAUGCAAUAGUAGCUGCUGCCGCUGCCUGUGGAGUGUCUCCUGUUGUCCGGGUGAUGGAAGGGCAACGCUGGAUGAUCAAGCGAGCCCUGGAUGCCGGAGCACAUGGAAUUCUUGUUCCUAUGCUGGACACUGCGGAAGAGGCCAGAAAAGUUGUUGAAUAUUCCAAAUAUCCGCCGCUCGGCCGCCGGGGGAUUCGAGCCCCUGCUCGCGGUGGACAACAUCCCCAUGGCGGUCCGAUCAAACAGCUGACCGGCCUGGAAUACUUGGCACAGGCCAACAGCUCGCUGGUCAUUGCUGUGCAAAUUGAAACUAUGAAAGGUCUACGAAACGUCAAAGAAAUCGCCGAAGUGCCAGGGAUCGAUGUCCUCUUCAUCGGUCCCUUCGACCUGGGCCUCAAUAUCGGACACCCGGUUCCUGCCUCGGGAGAAAUGGCUCAGGAGCUUGUCGAUGCCAUCAACAAAGCCAGAAGGCUGCUGCUGCUGCUGGAAAGCUCAGUGGCAUAUACUGUGAUACGGGUGAGCAGGCUAGGGGCUACGCCAAACGGGGAUUCAAGAUGA